AUGCAGAAUUUCCCGAAGUGUGUUACACAGAACAUUGACACCAUCCAGGGUGAGAGGUAUAACCCUUCCAUGGGGACAGAGAGCAAAUAUUUCAAUAACCAGACCAUCAACAAAGCCCAAAAUGGAGUUAAUCCUGACUGGGAGAAGAAAGUAAUUGAAUAUUUUAAGGAAAAGCUGAAGGAAAAUAAUGCUCCUAAAUGGGUACCAUCAUUGAAUGAAGUUCCCCUUCAUUAUUUGAAACCUAACAGUUUUGUGAAAUUCCGUUGCAUGAUUCAGGAUAUGUUUGACCCUGAGUUUUACAUGGGAGUUUAUGAAACAGUUAAUCAAAACACAAAAGCACGUAUUCUUCAUUUUGGAAAAUAUAGAGACGUAGCAGAGUGUGGGCCUCAACAAGAACUUGAUUUAAACUCUCCACGAACUACCACUUUGGAAAGACAGACUUUCUAUUGUGUUCCAGUGCCUGGGGAAUCUACAUGGGUAAAAGAAGCCUACGUUAAUGCAAACCAAGCUCGAGUUAGCCCCUCAACAUCCUACACUCCCAGUCGUCACAAGAGGAGUUAUGAAGAUGACGAAGACAUGGACCUACAGCCCAAUAAACAGAAAGACCAACAUGCUGGUGCCAGACAAGCAGGGAGUAUUGGUGGUCUUCAGUGGUGUGGAGAGCCAAAACGUUUAGAAACUGAAGCAUCUACUGGGCAACAACUGAACUCCCUUAACCUCUCUUCUCCUUUUGAUCUGAAUUUUCCACUGCCGGGAGAGAAGGGCCCUGCAUGCCUUGUGAAGGUCUAUGAAGAUUGGGAUUGUUUCAAAGUAAAUGAUGUUCUUGAGUUAUAUGGCAUACUAUCUGUGGAUCCUGUGCUAAGUAUACUAAAUACUGAUGAAAGGGAUGCCUCUGCCCUUCUGGAUCCAAUGGAAUGCACAGACACAGCAGAAGAGCAGAAAGUGCACAGCCCUCCUGCUUCCCUCGUGCCGAGGAUCCAUGUGAUUUUAGCCCAGAAGUUGCAGCACAUCAAUCCAUUAUUGCCUGCUUGCCUUAACAAAGAGGAGAGCAAAACCUUCGUUUCAAGUUUCAUGUCCGAAUUGUCUCCAGUUAGAGCAGAACUGCUUGGAUUCCUCACUCAUGCCCUUUUGGGAGACAGUUUGGCUGCUGAAUACCUUAUAUUACAUCUCAUCUCUACAGUAUAUAUGAGAAGAGAUGUUCUUCCAUUAGGAAAAUUUACAGUUAACUUGAGUGGUUGCCCACGGAAUAGUACCUUCACAGAACACUUGUAUCGAAUUAUUCAACACCUUGUUCCAGCAUCUUUUCGUCUACAGAUGACUAUAGAGAACAUGAACCAUUUGAAAUUCAUUCCCCACAAAGACUAUACGGCCAAUCGCUUGGCCAGUGGACUCCUCCAGCUGCCCAACAAUACAUCUCUCGUAAUCGAUGAGACUCUUCUGGAGCAAGGGCAGCUCGACACCCCAGGUGUUCAUAAUGUGACUGCUCUGAGCAACCUAAUAACUUGGCAGAAGGUGGAUUAUGACUUCAGUUACCACCAGAUGGAAUUCCCCUGCAAUAUUAAUGUUUUUAUUACUUCGGAGGGGAGGUCACUCCUCCCGGCAGACUGCCAGAUUCACUUACAACCCCAGCUAAUUCCACCAAACAUGGAGGAAUACAUGAACAGCCUUCUCUCAGCGGUGCUGCCUUCUGUGCUGAACAAAUUCCGCAUUUAUCUGACCCUUUUGAGAUUCCUGGAUUAUAGCAUAUCUGAUGAAAUAACCAAGGCAGUUGAAGAUGACUUUGUGGAAAUGCGUAAGAACGACCCUCAGAGCAUCACUGCUGAUGAUCUGCACCAGUUGCUUGUGGUAGCUCGGUUUCUGUCUCUCAGUGCUGGUCAGACGACGCUGUCAAGAGAACGAUGGCUAAGAGCAAAGCAACUAGAGUCUUUGAGAAGAACCAGGCUGCAGGAGCAGAAGUGUGUGAAUGGAAAUGAACUUUAAAGAUCUGAUACCUAUGAAGAGUAACAGGCAAAUUGUAGCCACAUUAUUGUAAAAUUUAAAUAUCAUUUGUACCACACUGUUUUAUAGAAAAAUUUGUAUCAAAAACCAAUAACUUUUCCUGAAAUCAGGCCUGGUAACACCUGAAGUUUAUAUGAUAUUCAGUAAGGGCUUUUACCUUACUGAUUUUAUGGAGCUUUUGAAGUUUGUUUUAUAAUUAUAUAAAUUAGUAACAAUGUACAAAAAUGUAUUUGAUAUUAAAAGUUUAAUAUUGAUAAUGUUGCUGAUUAUACCAUUUCCUUAGCUUCAGCUAAGUUAAAGGCCGGACUCUGUUGAAAUGCUAAUAUUAACUUCAUUUGAGGAAAACUGUUGCAGUUUCAAAGUCAGAGGAAUCGUGCACUUCAGAUUUCUGUCUUUCCGAUUAACAAUGGGUCUGAGUGCAUUCAGUAGUCCAAGUUUGGGGAAUGGGGUGUACUUAGCAUUGAGUCACAUGAUCUUGUGAAAUUCUGUAGUAUCAUUUCCCAAACAUUUGGCCACAGAAACUUUCUUCCACUUAACAGUUAGCCUGCAAAACUAGCCUUUUACAUGGCAGUGGUUCCCUGACUUUUGGAUUUCAUGGACCAGUAAUAUUUCCCAAAAUUUUGGGGAUAGGAUUGCCAAUUUAUUUUGCUAAGUAAUCUGAAAGAAAUCAGUGUGUAUUAUCACCAUGUUUUUUACAUAACAGGACAAUCUCAGAACUAAGAGAUGGUCCUUUAAAUGGAAUAAAUGUAGCUUUUGGGGGAAAAAAAAAUCACAUCGUCCUUACUUUUCUCAUUACAUCCCAGUGCAUUUGGGAACCACUGUUUUAUGGGACAUACUUAAGGGAAUGUUGCCCUAUGAAGUUUUGCCCAAAUAUGAAAAGAGCAAAAUAGAAAACUUCUUUUAAAAACACCCUCUUUAGAAAAAAAGUCAUUUACUUGCUUUAAUGAUCGUAUUGGACUUUUUAGCUUUUUGUAUGAGUUUAUCAAUUUAUCAGUUUGUUCCAAAUGUGGUAGAUCAACUAACAUCUGCUACUCCAGUAAACUGCAGGUAAGUUUUCCCCAGACCAGUUACAGUUUUAAUAUACAAAUUUUUGAAGUAACAAAAUAUCAUUAUCCAUAGCUAGAAAACAACAAAAAUCUUCAGAAGGGUUAGAACAUUACUUUUUAAGGCUACGAAUGGUAUAUAUAAAAUUUUCUUUUAGUCAGAUUAAUUUCUUACAUAGUUGGAAACAUUAAUUCCUUAAGUUUUUUCCUGUAAGGCCUAAAUUGACAGUUAACCGAGGAAACAGGGUCAGCCUUAAAAACCAAGGAAUUGGUUAUUCCUAAUGAAGUAAAAAUUACUAGUUCAACAUUAACUUUUCCUAAAAUGAAAUCUAUUUUUAUAAAAUAGUGUAAAUAAUGUUAAUAUUCAAAUUCUAACUGGUUUUCAUUUUUUAUAACUGGUAGACUAGACCUUCCUUAAAACUUUUAGAAAUAAAAUGAAGACUCAGCUGAGUUGAUGAUGAGGAUAAAAUAUUUUCUUCAGUUGUCCUAGAACAAAGUAGAUGAGUUAUGUGUUUAUUGUGCCAAUAUAAAUUGUAAUUUGCCAAAGAGAAAUACGUAAUUUGCUUCGUCUUACAGAAAAGUUACCUUGAAAGAACCCUCUUUCCAAUAAAACUUCCCAAAUUACCGGUACUUUGGGUUGUUUUUCAUGAAUUCUAAGAUUCAGCAGCCCAUGUGAUACUCUAUGUGGGAAAAGACCCUGUGUCCUCUUUGUGGGAAAACAUCACACAGUAAACAUAAGUACGGGAGGUGUAGGAUGGUGUCGUCCUACUCGAGUCCCACCCAGGCAGGAGAUUGGAACUCUCAGCUUCAGAAGCCCUUUUCCCUUUUGCCCAUACAUGUGGACAUUUGAGUUGGCUGCUCUGAUUCAAGGCAAGAUGUUAAUACUAUUUGAAUAACCAAGAAACUGAAUAGAUAUCUGUAUAAUCCCAUUUGGAACCAAGCAUUGCUUUCUUAAGAUAAUUUUAGUUUUCAAAAAUCUCUUUGGAACUAAUUUCUGUGGAGCUUAAAUACACAUAUUUUAAUCACCUGA